AUGUCGGGAGCUGGAAACAGAGAACAGGUGUUCCCCACACGGAUGACGUUAGGGUUAAUGAAGGUUAAAUUGAAGGGAGCACAACAGGGCCAUUCAUUAUUGAAGAGGAAAUCUGAAGCCUUAACUCAACGGUUCAGAGACAUCACGCAGCGGAUCGACGACGCCAAAAGAAAGAUGGGUAGAGUCAUGCAAGUUGCGGCCUUCUCAUUGGCCGAGGUCCAAUACGCUACCGGAGACAACAUCGGUUAUCAAGUGCAAGAGUCUGUUCAGAACGCACGGUUCCAAGUGAGAGCCAAACAAGAGAAUGUCUCGGGUGUUUAUUUACCCACUUUCGACAGCUUUAUUAACGAGGAUAUCAACGACUUCAAGAUGACCGGUUUGGGUCGUGGGGGACAGCAAGUUCAACGAGCCAAAUUGGUGUACACCAAAGCUGUAGAGACGUUGGUGGAAUUGGCUUCGUUGCAAACGGCCUUUAUAAUAUUGGACGAAGUGAUUAAGGUCACCAACAGACGUGUCAAUGCCAUUGAGCACGUGGUGAUCCCCAGAACAGAGAACACCAUUGCAUACAUCAAUUCUGAAUUGGAUGAGUUGGACAGAGAAGAGUUUUAUAGGUUGAAGAAGGUGCAGGAGAAGAAGCAAGAGGCUGUUGCUGCUGCUGAGUUGGAAGAGAAGGAGAAGAAGGAAAAGACCAAUGCGGUUAGGGUAACCAAGAACCAAGCUGAGGGAGACAUUGUCGCAGAGGUUUCUGAAUUGGCUGCUGGAGAUGAUUCAGGUAACAUUUUAAAGGAAUCUGAAGAUGACAUUAUCUUCUAG